CUUACCAAAGCGGCAAAGCCUAAACUGAUAGAGUGGAAACUAACUCGGAAGUAUAAAAUCAGUCCGAGCUGCCCACCGCCGCCUCUCCAACCGGAAAUGGGAAAACACGGCAAGAAGCAAAGCCUCAACCACCGCCGAGGAAAAAAAUCAUCCUACGCUCUUCAAGACAACGAAGAAGAAGAGACUAAUGGUUACCCGUUAAACCCUUCUUCCGCUCUCUCCGAUUCCGACCAAGAAUCGCAGGAAGAAGAUGAAGAAAAUCAAGAAAAAGAUAAGGGUUCCGAGACUAGUGCAGGAAUCGACAGUGGGCUACCCUCAAAAUUCUCUCUUUAUCAACAGUCCGUGCAGUCGCCAAAAGGGGAUAUAAGCUAUCUGCAGAAGUUCUUUUUGAUGUAUGUGGGUGGGAGGGCGCCCCUCCAUUUACAAGAGGACUUUUGUGGCACUGCUCUUUUGAGUGUAGAAUGGCUUCACGGUGAUGCUAGGAGAACUGCCAUAGGCUUAGAUUUAGAUGUCGAGGCACUCAACUGGUGUCUGGAGAAUAAUGUCAACAGAAUCGGGCCUGAUGUCUGCUCCAGAAUAUCCCUGCUUCAUGGAAAUGUCUUGCAACCUCUCGAAUCAAAAUUGGUUAACUUUAGCCCUGACGAGAUUUUGCAGAAAAUGACUUUAGAAGAUGAUGAAGGUGAUUCAAUGGAUGGCACAACGAGUUCUGGUGUACAGGAUAGCGCUGAGGCCGGCCAAAAUGCUAAUUCCUUAAACGACGUUCAGUUGCCUCCUAGAGACAUAGUGUGUGCUUUCAACUACAGUUGCUGCUGUCUGCACAAUCGUAAAGAGCUGAUUUUGUAUUUCAAGCACGCACUCAAUACCCUAAGCCGGAAAGGUGGUAUAUUUGUGAUGGAUUUGUACGGAGGCACAUCUUCAGAGGGUGUGCUGCGGCUUCAGAGGAAAUUUCCUAAUUUUACAUAUGUCUGGGAGCAAGCUGAAUUCGACAUAAUUCAGAGGAAAACGAGAAUCAGUCUACACUACAACCUCCACAAGCAGCAAAGGAAGAUUCGACAUGCAUUUAGCUACAGCUGGAGACUAUGGUCGUUGCCCGAAGUUAAAGAUUGCUUGGAAGAGGCCGGAUUUCGCUCAGUUCACUUUUGGAUACGUAAUAUGCCCGACAGCGAGCAAAUUAGGCGCACGGAUGGGUUAUCAGCUGGGCGAGAUAUAAAGUACGAAGAGGCUACGAGCUUCCAACAGCAGGAUUCUUGGAACGCUUACGUCGUGGCUGUUGCAUAGUCAGGUGAGCAAUGCCUUGCCUUAGUUGGUUGUUUGAAGAUGGAGAAAGACAUGCACAUGGCUUCUUCAUUUGCUUUUUGAAUAUUUCCCUAAGUGUGGGGAUCGACAUAUGAUAAGGUUGUGGAUAACUUUGUUUUCACCAAAUUGGGUGUAACAGUAUGCAUGGAAUUAUUUGAGCUAAUCAUGGGGCAAAAAGAGUAUGAUGGUUUUUGAUGGCGCAUGACACUUGACCACCAUAAUAAUAUAGGUAGGAAGGGAACAUGAUUUGAAUGUUGUAUUUGUAACAAUAAAAAUAUAAAAUUGUAUUUCAUCUUC